AUGCUCAAGUCUUGCGGUGUCAUUGUUAACGGCAAUCAUACUGAUAUUGCUCUUAAUUUUUACGCCAAUCGUAUAUUUUUAGUCGUCAGUCAGUACAAAAAGCUUGGAUCUCUUGUGACGGUGAGAAAAGAAGCUGCUCUUCGUGAAUUUGAUAACGAAAAUACUUACAGUACAAAAGUGAUUUUUGGAAAAGAUGAUCCUGAAAUUCAUGCAGCGGCUAGAUACAUUACAGAACAAAUAAAUGCUGACAAACCAUUUUUAAUAUCUAUUUGUCUAAAGGACUAUGAAGUUUCAACUUUGAGAACUAUUGUCAAAACUAUUCAAAAGCUGGAUCUCAAGAGCCCAUAA